AUGCGCAACAAGGAUGCUAAGAUGGAACAUCCAGAUCCCUGUAGCUCAGUUCAUCUGGCAUACAGCAAAGAACCACAUGAAUUAGAGAGUCUGAAAUUGGACAAAAGCUUCCUUGGCAACAAAAACUGCCAUAGUUAUCAUCUAGCAGAGAAAUUGCAUAUGUGGGAUGGGCAAACACUCAUAGUCAUUUUUGGAAAAGACUCUCCAUCUUCUGUUGCCAAAAUGGACAACUUGACAUUCAAAUCAAGCCCAAACAAAGGAUCUGGGAUGACUGCCCUGGAAAGGAUGGACUCAUCAUGCCCUAUCUCUCUUCUAUAUGAGCCCUUUGGUUACUUUUGCAACAUUCACUGUGGAGUGAAAGUUCCUGGAGAGGAACAUAUCCUUGAAGAUACUGAAGAAUUACAAUGUUCCAAAUUCAACCAAUGUCUGGAGGUGGAGGGUGCCUGCCUUGGGAAUAAUAUGUGUUGGACCCAUCAUCCAAUUUUUUGGGGUCAUCUGGGUAGGGAGAAUGCAUGUUGUACCCUUGACACCAUUACUUCCUAUGGGGACCCAACUGGUGAAGAGUUUCACUGGGACCUUUUCCUGGCAUUUAAGGCUGCUGCUCUCAUUUUAUCAAAGAUCAAAUCUGAUGUCAAAGACUUUCUCAAGGUGCUUACAAAUUCCCUGAGUUGUGGCCCUGCAAGUUGA